UGGCUCUGCCAGGCAGUGGGAGUGCGGGGCCCUGCGAGGGGCGGCGACAAGGACGCAGGAGGCAGACGGUGGGGAGGGGACCCGAAGGAGCCGGAACGCGGGAUGGGCGACAGCGGAGUCCCUGGGACAGGCUGAGCGAGGAGCGCGAGAAAGAGAGCGACUGAGAGACCGACAUCAGAAAAGGGAUCUGUGGGUGACAGAGACGGCAGCAGGGAGGACGAGUGUUGGGGGAUCGAGUUCUGCACCGGGAAGAAGUGAACAGAGAACAGCAGGCUUGGGGAUCGCUUAGUGCCCUGCUAACAGGGUUGGUCCAGCCUUCUCCAGGCUGGGCCUGAGUCACCCCCAGGCAGGAGAGCUGGGAAGGGCUGUGCAGAGUCCACAGUCACAAGGGACAUACUCAGGCUGCAGAACCCUACUGCCCACACCCCAACCAGGCAGGCUUUUCCCAGAACCUGGGGUCUGAGAAAGAGUAAACUGUUGGAAGACACACAGAAAGUGGGCAGCUGAACCCAGAGGAUCACAGAGAAUCACAUCACUUCCCAGUCUCCAUGUCAGAAGAGGAGGCCAUCCUAAAGAUCACGGGGAACCUGAAAAAUGCUGUCUCUGCCAUCCUGCAGGGAUAUGGGGACGGGCAGGGGCCAGUGACAGACACCAGCGCGGAGCUACACAGACUCUGUGGCUGCCUGGAGCUGCUGCUGCAGUUUGACCAGAAAGAGCAGAGGAGCUUCCUGGGGGCUCGGAAGGAUUACUGGGACUUCCUGAUCACCGCUCUGCGGCAGCACCGGGGAUACACAGAGCAGACCAGCUUUGUGUGCUCACAGAACAAGCUGAAGACCUCUCUGGGAAAGGGUCGCGCCUUUAUCCGACUCUGCCUCGCCCGUGGACAGCUGGCUGAGUCAAUGCAGCUGUGCCUCCUGAGCCCAGAUCUCACUAGGUCCCGCUGCUCCAAUCCCAGCCGGACCCAGGAAAGAAGAUCCAGAAAGCCCGAAGCUUUCCCAAAGGAGGUGAGAUGCUCCAGAGGACAGCUACAGGGACGAGACGCCCACGGAACCAGCUGUCUGCAAGAUGCACCCAGAGAAGAGCGCCAGCCUGACCUCCCUACCCCCUUGCAGCAUGGCCGUCUUCCCCCCUUUUUGGAAAAGAAGAAAGGGGAUUCCAAGAGCCUCACUUGUCCCCAGAGCAUUUGGGAAAGAGAAGGGGGGGAAAUUCCACUAGACCUGAAGGGGGGAGAUACAAAGAACAGUAAAUCCCUGGAGAAUUCGGCAGCCGGCAGCCAGCAACAGAGGGAAGGGGCUAAGGGGGCUCAAAAGGAGGCGACGGGAAUGGAAGAUGACGGCAAAGGAAGUCUGCCCGUGACUAAAGGUCAGGGAAUAACAGAAGGGACCCAGGGAAAGGCAGCAGAUUGGGACCAUGACCAAGGGAUGCUGGCCCCCAGCCUUCCAGAAAGGGUAGAAGACACAGCAUUGGGGAACAGGCAGGAGUGGGAUCAGCGUAGUGUUCUGGGGCAGCCCUGGGUCCUGCAAGACCUAGGAAUAAAGAAAGACUCUACCACAGAGAAGCCACAAGAGUGGACAGCAGUGACCAGUGUGACCAGGCAGGAGGAUCAAGCAGAAGUGCCCAUGCCAGAGGUGGUCAAGGACCCCAGGUAUGAGCUCCAGCUGGCAAAGGAACAGGCCCAGUGCCAGGAGCAGCUGCUGAGGACACAGGGAGAAGAGCUGCAGGCGCUCCAGGAGCAGCUCAGCAGGUGUCAGGCAGAAAGAGCCCAUUUGCAAGUGAUACUGGAACAGAAGCAGCGGGAGGCUGAGAGGAGAAAUGCCAUGUAUGAGAAGGAACUUGAAGGGCAGAGGGACCUGGUCCAGGCCAUGAAAAGGAGAGUGUUGGAACUGAUUCAUGAGAAGGACCACCAGUGGCAGAGGCUCCAACAUCUGUCUACUGUGGCCCCUGGGCACUGCGUGGACUGUAACAAGGCCUUCAGGCGUCUGUCUCGGCGGUAUCCUUGCAGGCUCUGUGGAGGCUUGGUUUGCCAUGCCUGCUCUGCAGACUACAAGAAGAGGGAACACUGCUGCCCAGCCUGUGCCCAGCGGGAAGAAAUCCAGAUCACCUGACCAAGAUGGCAAGAGGAGCCAAAGACCAGCUGCCAGCCCCCUCCCCACUUCACUUCCUCCCUGAAGUCUGACCACUUUUUUUUUCUGGAAGGCUGGUGAGCCGAGGCACCAGCAUUACUGUGAAGGGUAGAGGGAACAGCUGGCAGUCCAAAGAUAGACCUAACUCUGCCUUUCCCGUCGAAGGGCCUGAGUGGAACAUUGCCUUAGCUCUUACAGCUUCGUGUCUGAUGUGAGGAAGACAAGCUGUGAACUCUGUGUAAAGUCCUUAGAGGCACAGUAAGUCUUUACUGUAACCAUCAAUAAGAACAGCCCAGGCCCAGCUCUUUCCUAGCCACACUCCCCUUCAGCCCCACCACUCACAGGAACCAACUACACUGGGCCCUUCAAUCUCCCCCUCUAAUCUACUUCAGGUAUCAUUGGAUUGUCUCAUUUUUCACGGGGGUGCCGCUGACUUAUAAUAAACAUUGUAUAAAUUUGCAUCUCCAUCACAGGCAUCUGCUCCAAGGUUUCCUCACCUUCUCCCAACCCCUGCCUCCAGGCCCAGGCAACCGCUGGCCCUGCCUCAUGUCACCAAGAAGCAUAGGCUCUUUCUAGAAAUUUGCAGAAAUAAAAUUGUACAGUUC